AUAAAAUAGUGAAAAAAAUAAAGAAGAAGAGCAGGAGAAAAGGAGAGGCAGGUUUUUCCAUCUUCCCUCUCGUGCUUGUCUCUCAUGGCGGCCUCUACAAACCCAUGGUUGUUGUUGUUGUUGGUAUUAUUAGCCCUAAAUUUUGCAAGAAUUGUAUCAGAGUCACUUAUUUUAGAUCAUCGGGGUUUAGAGGAUGAUGAGUUUGACCCAAUAGAAGAAUUAGAGCUUGAGGAAGAUUUCUGGGCGUCAGACAAUUCGAUUCCAAACAUAUCACCUGAUUGUGAGCGUCCAUGUCUUGUAAACGCAUGCAGCGAUGAGGAGUGGCAGGAAGGGCUCGCAAGAUUAAUUCAAGAGAUAGAGCGAGAAAGGUAUAGUUACGCUGUGGAAAUACUACAGACAGAAAAGAGAGAGCUCAAAAGAGCUCUUGCAACAAUGGAGUUGGCAUGCUUCGUGGUUACUGCGUUGUUGCCCUCAGUUGCUUUCUCUAUGCUGAAACUUUACUCGUCGAAUAUCUCCAGCAGAAAGACCAUGCUAUAGGGCUUUUAGCUGCAGGAGGUGCCCAUACCUAGCUAGGAGCGUCACGAAGGAAGAUGUUUAUUGCUAGAUUUAUUAAUUUACGAUUAAAACUAUGUAUAAGCAAUUCCUUAUCCAUAUUUUUCAGACUUCGUCAACCCCUUACCCCGAAGGGUUUAUAUUUGGUGAAUUUUUCAA